CCCCGACCCGACGACCCUAGGGUAUGCACGCCGAGAAAGUGCAUGGGGUCCAGCGCUUCGGCAUGGAUGGUACAGGGUCUACAGGGACUUCACCGUGGCCCAAGCCAGCAGCAGCCUGUUAGCGAGGCCAUAUUGAAGGAUCCGAGACCUCAUGUAUCAAUCAGAUCAGAUUCUGUCCAGGUUACUGAGCAAUUUCAAAUUUCAAAUCUUUGAACUAUUGAUGCGGAUUAUUAUCUCCUUGAAAAUGCUUCUUUCAGAGCAAAAACGUCACCCAUCUUAUCACAUACUUCCCCACUGGGUUUCAUCACAGUCAGCUUCAUAGUGGAUACCGGCAACUGGAAUGGGUCGCACAACGCUUAUAUCCCCAUACGGCUGGGCGAGAUUCUCGUGCAUGAUGGCACAAGUCGCCUUUUACAUGCAGCUGCAUCCUUUUGUCCACGUAUCAGAUUGUUGUGAGAAUCUGCCUGAAGUGUCCACUUCUGGCGGUAUCAUCGCUGCGCCGCAGCCCUCUCCUGCAAGACAUGCGAGGUACUUGUACCCCUGGCAUUCGCUACGCCUUCGGAACAGCCCCCAUGUUGUAUCUGAACAGCUGGAGUAUCAAUCACACAGGUCAAAAUGUGGCACGACACGAGAUCUGCAAGAAUAUAGAGGGACCUGCUUCCCUGACCUUUUGAGCUCUGUGGGAACUUUUCUUGUUUCACACAGGCAGUUUUGAGAGCAUUGACGUUCGUCAAGAAAUAAACAAACAGACCAUGUCUCCAGCAACAGCAACUUCGGCGGCCAGCAUGGCGUUGAUAACUCCAAGUUUGACGACGACCUUCAUGCCGAAGAUCACGGCGUGUACGGAGAACAGACUCACGAUGCUGGCAAAUCGAGCAUUUCAGAUAUGGAUGAAUGCACCAGUACCGGUACCAGGAACCACCUUCACGGAUUGCUAUCCAAGUCAAUAUAUCACUAGUCUUCUUCUAUCCGCUGGGAGUGUCACUCAACCUGCCUUCGCUCCACUAAUCUGCCCUCAACACUAUUCCGCUGUCGGACCAUACACUUCAAAUUACAUCGCCUGCUGUCCAAGCGCAUACUCGCUUGCUCAGCCCGAAAGUACAGUUUUCAAGGAUCGCCCGGCGUUUGGUGGAACAUGUUAUAGCAACAUUGACAUGGCAACGCCUGUUCUCGUUACAGCUUACGGAUCUUCGAGUGUCACAGCGACAAGUUACUUUACUGCCACUGUCACAAAUGCUCAAGCCUACGCUUACCCUAUCGAUGGAUAUGCGUUCGGAGUUGCGGAGAUUGAGAGCAAGAUUACUUCGGGACUCAGUACCCCUACAGCAUCGCCAGGAAGUUCGGUAACAAGUGCAGCUGCUGCAACAUAUACAGUACUUGCUGGCAAAAACUCGGCGUUCACACCCAAUUCCGUAACGGCGAAAGCAGGGGACACUGUCAUCUUCCAAUUCACAGCUGGAAACCACACCGUCACCGAAUCGACUUUCGAACGUCCUUGCGUCCAACUCCAAGAUGGGAUAGAUUCUGGCUAUCAUCCGAUCGUCAAUUCUAUGAAUCCAUCUGACUUCUCCUUCAAAGUCGGACAGAACACUUCACAAUGGUUCUUCUCCAAACAAGCAGGCGAAUGUGGUCAGGGAAUGACAUUCGCCCUCAACCCCACCAACGAACAAACCGAGAGCCAAUUCCAGCUGAAUGCAGUCGUCCAAAACGGAACAUUAACAGAGAAGUCCAGCGGAACAUCAACUGGGGUCAAAGUGGGAGCUAGCUUAGGCGCAGUGGCAGGAGUAGCUCUCAUUGUCUCCCUAACAUUCUUCGUCCUCCGUCGUAGUCGCCGAAGCAGCGCUAAAGUAGCCAGCAAACCCAAUGGAGACGACACGAUAACGAAAUCCGGGGCAGGUUCAAGCUACACCGAUACAGAGGCAGGGAAUUCUCCAGUGACGGAGGUCAAACCAGUUGUUCCUCCCAAAGGAGAGGAGCUACAUGGUUACUCUUCUCCGUCCGAGUUGGGUAUCAACCAAGAUCCUGCUGAACUCAUGUCUGCGCAGACGCCUGUGGAACUAUCUAGUCCGCAUGAGUAUCAUCCGCCGACAUUUCCAAACGGACAGCGUUUCUGAGCACGUAUGAUAAUGAGCUUGUAAAGAGCAUCGUGGAGUCUAAUGAGUAUCCUAGAACUUCUUAGUGGGCAUGUAUUGCAUGUUAGCUUCAGGAUAAAUAAUCAAUUGUGUGUAUCUCAG